CUGCUUCAAAAUUCUGAAGCACUCGAGGACGUCAAAGCCCCGCCCUUCCUACGAGAGGCGGUGCUACUUUCAAAUUUAAAGGGAAGGCGCCUUAUUUCAAAAACUUAGUUGUAAACCAGAGAUACAGCAUGAUGUUGUUGACGGUCAGUUCUGAGAAUAACACGUACCAACGAUGUUUCAUCUAUGUGUUGGUACUGUUAAUAGAUAAAGCCUCUCUGCACAGGUUGAUUGAAGGUGAUGAAGGAGGCUCUGUCGUUAUGCCAUGCAGCAAAAGAAGCAUUGUACUUGAAGAAAAACAUCUGACAGUCCACUGGAGACACAACGACACCAGGAAUGUAUAUGAUAUUAUCCAGGGAGAAGUUUCUGUAAAGGAACAAGAUCCAGCAUACAAGAACAGAGUUGAAGUUUUAGCUGAAGAGCUCAAGAAAGGCCAGAUCUUUCUCAAAAUUACUGAUCUUCAACUCUCCGAUAGAGGAACGUUCCUCUGUUUUGUUCCGGAUUUGAGACUUUAUCACAGUACACAACUGGUGGUCAAAGAACGACCAGUAAAAGAAUACAGAUCAGAAAAAUUGCAUGUAAAAAGUCAUGGUACAGGAACAAGCCUGGGAAGGACUCUGCACCUCCUCCUUUUAUCUGGAUUCAUUCUGCACUUUAUUUGAUUCUGCCCAUUCUAUUGUAAAUGAAAAACAAAGCAAACCAGGCCAUUGUUCCCCAUUUUUGUCAUGUUUGUUAAUAGAUGAUGUGCUGCACUUCUAAUCUUUUUAUACUACACAAUACAAAUAAAUUAUUCCGUUUUGAAUGCACUAUUCAACAUAAAACAUUUUUUAAAGCUAUAAAUGGAAUUAAAGAUUUGUGUUGAUUAA